CACCGCCGCCCUCUCUUCUUCCCCUGUGUCCCGCCAAUCCCUGCUCCUCCCGCUACGGCCGAGCUCUGCGAUGCCCCGCUAUGAACUGGCUUUGAUCCUGAAAGCCAUGCAAAGGGGUUGGUACAGUAGGCCUCACUAAACUUAGCUGCAACUAAGAAUUUCUCCUACAUCAACUGAGUUAAGGCUGAUGCUCUUGUGGAAUGUGGAUUAAAAGUGCGUGCUAAGUUCCAAAUUUCCAUUUGAGAAGCGGAGAAACUAAAUGUACCACAACCACCAGCAUCAGGACAGCAAACCAAGGGACAAAGAAUUUGAUCCGCAGUGUUGAUACAUGUUAACUGGUUCACGUGUUGCUUAAGAGACGUUUGCUGGGGGGCGAGAAGUGGACAUCAGCUGUGCGAAGUCAUUUUGUUUACAAAAAUGAGGGCUUCUUUGGAAACAGCAGACAUUGCCAUUGUGGCGCUGUACUUCGUGCUUGUAAUGUGCAUAGGUUUUUUUGCCAUGUGGAAAUACAAUCGAAGCACCGUAAGUGGCUACUUCUUGGCAGGGCGUUCUAUGACCUGGGUAGCGAUUGGUGCAUCUUUAUUUGUGAGCAAUAUUGGAAGUGAACAUUUCAUUGGGCUCGCAGGAUCUGGAGCGGCAAGUGGAUUUGCAGUAGGUGCAUGGGAAUUCAACGCCUUAAUGCUUUUGCAGCUUUUAGGAUGGGUCUUUGUCCCUGUCUACAUUCGGUCAGGAGUGUACACCAUGCCGGAAUACUUGUCCAAGCGUUUUGGAGGGCAUAGAAUCCAAAUCUAUUUUGCAGCAUUGUCUCUAAUUCUUUAUAUCUUCACCAAACUUUCAGUUGACUUGUAUUCAGGGGCGCUUUUUAUUCAAGAAUCGCUAGGUUGGAAUCUCUAUUUGUCAGUAAUCCUCCUUAUUGGAAUGACUGCACUGUUGACUGUGACCGGAGGUCUUGUGGCUGUCAUCUACACAGACACCCUUCAAGCUCUGCUUAUGAUUAUCGGUGCCCUCACACUUAUGAUCAUAAGUAUUAUGGAGGUUGGUGGGUUUGAAGAAGUUAAAAGAAGGUACAUGUUAGCAUCACCAAAUAUUACGUCUAUCUUGUUAACCUACAACAUUUCCAAUACCAAUUCCUGCAAUGUGGACCCAAAGCCCGACGCUCUUAAAAUGUUGCGUGAGCCAACAGAUGAAGAUAUUCCCUGGCCUGGAUUUCUGUUGGGACAGACUCCAGCAUCUGUCUGGUACUGGUGUGCUGAUCAAGUCAUAGUGCAGAGAGUUUUAGCUGCAAAAAACAUUGCUCAUGCCAAAGGAUCCACUCUGAUGGCAGGCUUCUUAAAGUUACUGCCAAUGUUUAUUAUAGUUGUCCCGGGGAUGAUUUCACGAAUACUGUUUGCAGAUGAUAUCGCCUGCAUUAAUCCAGAACACUGUUUUCAAGUCUGCGGGAGCAGAGCCGGAUGCUCUAACAUUGCCUACCCACGUUUGGUGAUGAAACUUGUGCCGGUUGGUCUUCGGGGACUGAUGAUGGCUGUGAUGAUUGCUGCACUGAUGAGUGACCUGGACUCUAUAUUCAACAGUGCCAGCACCAUAUUCACGCUUGAUGUCUACAAACUCAUUCGGAAGAGUGCAACGUCUAGAGAACUGAUGAUUGUAGGAAGAGUCUUUGUGGCAUUCAUGGUAGCUAUAAGCAUUGCCUGGGUCCCCAUAAUUGUUGAAAUGCAAGGUGGUCAGAUGUACCUUUAUAUUCAAGAGGUAGCAGACUAUCUGACCCCGCCGGUGGCUGCUCUGUUUCUUAUGGGUAUAUUUUGGAAGCGUUGCAAUGAACAGGGAGCGUUCUAUGGCGGAAUGGCUGGGUUUGUCCUUGGAGCGAUACGAUUGAUACUGGCAUUUAUCUAUCGUGCUCCGGAGUGUAACCAGCCAGAUACUAGGCCAAGCUUUAUCAAAAACAUCCAUUACAUGUAUGUUGCUACAGCUCUGUUCUGGAUCACUGGAAUUGUGACCUUUAUAGUGAGCCUUCUUACACCUCCGCCUACAAAGGAACAGGUUCGAACAACCACUUUCUGGGCUGUGAGAAACAGGAAUGUAAAAGAGAAUACUGCAAAGGGGGAGCGGUACAAAAUACAAGAAAAGAACAUCUUGAGGUGUAAUGAAAAUGCUAACCAUAUCAUUCCAAACGGCAAAUCUGAAGAAAACAUUAAAAAUAUUAAGCCUGAGGAUAUCAAUCUUCUGGUUACUUGCAGAGAUGACAGCAACCCGGUGAUUUCCGUAAGUCACUCUGAAGUCGAGACACCAGUUGAUUGCUAUUCGAAUGGACAAGCAGCUUUGAUGGGUGAGAAAAAGCAUGAGGAAGAAACUGAUGAUAGAGAGAGACAUUUGAAAUUCAUAGAUUGGUUCUGUGGCUUUAAAAGUAAAAACAUGAACAAGAGAGCUGUUCGGGAGAUGGAGGAAGAGACUGUUUGUUUACAAAUGCUGGAAGAGACUCCAAAAGUUAAACUAUUACUAAAUACUGGACUGGUCUGUGUCUGUUCGCUUGGAAUAUUCAUGUUUGUCUAUUUCUCUUUGUGAGUGAAUAAUGAACUUUUAAGGGUAUGGCUAAACAUACAGAAGUUGAUACAGGUCUCUGGAGAUUUUUUUAUUUUUAUUUUUUCCAAGUAACAUAACUGCAACCCAGGCAUUGUUUACGCUAUAACUGUAAAAUCAACUCAACUUUAGCCCAUUUAGAGACCAUUUAAAUCAUGUUGUCCUAUCUGCUGAAAGCAGGAUGUGUUGUGUGGUGUCUCUCUCCCUCUUUCUUCCCUCCUCUCCCUUCGUUUGCAGUACUAAUCUUUUCUUUUUUUCCAUGUACAUGUGUGUAAAUAUACCAAAGGCGGGCAGGUGGCUGUGUUUGAAGUCAGGCAGUUCUAGAGUUCAGUCAGCGUUAAGAUGAAGAUAACAAGUAAUCAUUUACCUUUGUGUAAAAUCCAAAAUGAUUAAAGCUAUGUCGAAAGAUUUUGAAUGCAGAGUUGUGAUGCACAUCAUUGUAUCGUUGUUCUUUGUAAUGUAGCUGUGUUAUCUUGGCCAACAUAAUACUUAUGAAUUUUGUUCAUCACUUCCAGUGUUUUCAGCUUCUCAGUUCUCUUAUAGCAACAACAGAAUGAUAUUUUUCCUGCAGUAAUUUAAAAUGUGAUAGCUGUUAGUAGCUUUCUGUCGUUCUUCCCUGUAAGGAAAUGUUUAUCUUUUGAUCUUUAUCCUUUGUAAAUUGCAGUACUGAAAAGCUGUUAUAUUUAAAGCAAAGAAACCCUGGAGAUCACGAACUGGCAAUGGAAGAGAGAAGAAAAGAGGGGUGAAAAAGGGUUCUCUUCAUUGCGAUUUUACAGUAUAUUGAAGUGGAAGAAUAUACAUUCAAUGCUGACGGUCCACAAAAUUUUAGCCUUAUAUUGUCAUUGAUGUCAUUAGGGUUUGCCUCUUUUUAGAGAAAAAUCUAUACGUAGUCUCUACCACAUGGGAGAAAGAGAAAUGUUAAACUUCACAUGUCUUAAGUUUAGUAAACACACUAAAAUAUAACUUUUUUUCCUCCAUGAUGGGGAGAAAGGGAAUGCUCCACGGCCUUAUCGCUGCUGUAUUUUGAGUCUGGAAGGGGAGAAAACAAAGGAGAGGGGAAGGAGAGGUGAGGGAAAGAGGUGCAAAGUCCCUAUUUUCCAAAGUCACAUCCACGCUGCCUUUGGAACUAACUCCUGCAGCAGUCUUUGCUCCUGAGCUUGUCUGGGGAAUUGUUUGGGAAAAGUGGCCAGGCUGAGACAGUGUGAGGGGCUGUGCUGACAGAGCCUGAUGUGUUUUAAGGGUCCAGAAAUGUUUCCCUGCAGUCAAAUCUCUUAAUAAACUUGAGAACAGAUAGUUCCGUAGAGAUGAAAUUGGGAUUAAUCUUGCCACUGACUGUUGGAGACGAUUUGUUUUCUAGUACAGUGGGUCCUGUAAGCUGCAGGCUGCUUAAGUAGCUUUUAGCAAUAUGAUAUAUGAUGUGUGUUUUCAAGCAAACCAAUGCAUGUUGGGUUUUGUGGAGGAUUUUUUUUGUUUGUUUUGAAAUCAGUUGACUCCCAUUAGCUCUGAGACUUUAGUUAGAGGAUGAGUUGUCUCAACUUUCUCCACUUCAUUUAGUUGUUGCCACUGUGAAGUAGGAUAUCUAACUGGAAAUACGGUAGUGUUGGAACCCUGUUGGGAGUGUAUCUAAGAGAGGAGAGUUACCAUACCUGACUCUUGGUGUAAAUACACAUUUUCUUGCAGUUUGUGGCUCACUUCAUGCAGAAAAAAAUCUUUUAACUCCUUCUUAAUGGUAAAGUUCUAGUAUAUGAAGUAUGUUAAAGGAAUCUCAAGUUAAUGGGGUGAGUUGGGAAUAAUGAUACUGUAUGUAAAAGACAUAAAACAUCAAUAAAUGUUUCUAUGCAGGAUAAAAUAACCUAGAACAGAACUUGCCUGAUGUUACUGGAGUGAAAAAUGACUUGUAGGAUGAGAAUAAGCCUCAGACGAUCAGUAUUUUCUUGAAAAGCCUAGGUUCUAGAGUGCCAGAUUUGGCACAGGGAAGGAGAUUCACGUGCUGGGCACUGUCCCUUACUAACUUGGCUUGUCUUUCUAUCAGCAGCUGGUACUUGGGUUUUCCAGAGCAGUCUUUUUGGCUCUAAUACUAACAAAUGCAUUACCACCUAACCUGUGCAGUUAGGUUAGCUCAGGGACCCUUCUGCUUGGCUGCCCUUGCUUCGUCCUUGCUUACUUUUUUUCCAGGGUGCCUUAUGUAGUUAGGAAGCUGAAGGCAUGGCUUUUAGUGCCACCUAAAUAGCAAUUUGCUUAUAGUGUGUUUUCCCAGGUUGUUUUUCCCUCCUCUUUCCCUAAGUCAUUUGCUAUUUAAACAGAACGGAGUUCUAUCUCCGUUCUGUGUAAACAGUCAAUACAUGGGAUGCUUGUAUCCUGGUCAGUGUAACUGCAGUCAGAUCCAUGGUCAAAAUGAUCCUUUGGUCCUCGUAUGGAGUCAGAAUCUUUCCCAUAUGUACAGUGCAGCCUUUGACUGUUGAAUCUGAGAUACUCAAUAUUCCAGUUAAUACGUUCUUAUUUUUGCUGAACUAACAAGUUGCCAAAACAAUGUAAGUGAUAAUUGACAGGCAGUUAGAAUCUUCAUGAAGUAAUACUCUCACCAUUUAAACCAUUAUUAUGAAGAAGCUUUUUAGCAAAUUGUUUAUUUGGUGGGUUUUUUUCUCUUAAGUCAUUUACAAACAUUUCUAUGGUACUCUCUGCCUGAUGUCGGCCUCUUCAGUCGUGUUCUGUUUCCAUGUCUUAGAGGUGUCAUAGAACUUGCCCGAUACUCUUUGCUGCAUGUCACCACUUAACAAAUCCUUUUAUCCCCCCAAAAUUUAAGGCUUCAGGAGAACUGUUGGUGAGCAAAUGCCUCACCCAGUCUAAGAGACUAUAGUGUUAGAAGUUGCUCGAGGGUUUUUUUUUAUAGCGUAAACAUGCCUUUGCUAAUUUUUUGAUCAUGAUCUACCUACAAUCCUGGUUAAUAUGUUUGGGUCCAAACACCAACUUUUUGGUCUAGUAGAACUGCAGUUUGUCCCGUAACGGACAGUUGGUUCCAUACAUGUUAAUGACUGGCCUCCUCUGAGGUGGGACUGGUGAGCUGCACAGGGGCAGAGCCAGGGGGUGCUUGGCUUCCCUCUCUGCAGCAAGGGGAUUAUUUAUUGCCUUGAACUUAGAAUGACAGUCUUGAAGAAGUCGUUUUGGAACUACACCUUUUUUGUUGUUAUUACCCUUAACUUAUUUCUGUUAAGAUAUCUGAAUCUUCUCCCAGAAAUCUAUUAGAAGCCUUUUAUUUAAAAAAAAAAAAAAGAAAAGAAAAAAAGAAAAAAAGAAAAAAAGACAAGCUAAGAAGGCAGCAGCUUCUUGAGAGCUUAAGAAUGCAUUCUGGGAGACUGUUCUUAUUUAAUUUUUUUUUUUUUUUUAAAUGAAUGAUUUGAUGCUGUUCUCUGCCAAAGUUAUUUUUUUUAUUUUUUAUUUUUUAAUUAUUACUUUUACUGUUGUUCUUUUUGUUUUGUUUUUCCUGUUAGCUUUUGCUAAUACCUGAAAGGAAAUGGCGAGAGUUUGUGCGAAAUUAAAAAUGGCCUUCAGUUAUACCACUCGUGUACUUUUUUUACUUCUCCAAAUCUGUGUUUCACCCUUAUCCCAGAAGGGCCAGCGUGAGACUUCUGAUGCAAGUCAUGAGAGUACUGUAACUCAGUAGUGAAAAGGAUUUCCCACAAGGUUAUGGUGAAUGGGCAGAGCCAUCAGCGGAUCUCUGCAUGAACACUUAAAGCUGCUUACAACUUUAAAACGUACAGCUUUAUUUUUUUUAUAUAUAUAUUUUUUUAAAUCCUGAGAUAAAGGAGGUGAUGGGAGAUGCUCCCUUUUACAGAACAGGAUGCCCGGGAGAGGUUGGAGCUGAUGUGCUCUAACGCUUUUGAGGAAAUCUUUGGAUUUAGCAUGUAUAGCAAAGCAAAAAAAAAAAAGCAAAAAAAAAAGCAAAAAAAAAAAAAAGCUCACCUGUUAAUUUGGUAUUCUGUAUGUUCUGUGCCCUUAAAUGUAAUUGUUUUGAAAAUAAAACUAACCUUGUUACGUGAUGUUAAAAAGCAAACUUGUGUGCAAUGUUUUAAAUUUUUUUUUUUUUAAAGAAAAUGUUUGUAUAUAAUUAAAUGGUUUAAUGUGCUUUAAUUGGCCUAAGGUAAAGAGUAGUCCUAGAAUGUAAACAUAUAUAAUUAGAAUUUCUGAUUUCACUGUGAGAUCUCUGAACUCUCUUGUUUUGCGAAGUGGUUUGUUUUGUUUACAAAACACUUUCAAUUAUUUCUUUUAUGGUGUUGGUUCAAAGGCAUUUGCUUCACUUCUGUUCUAAUAUUGAAUUCAUGGUAUAGUGACAUCUGGUGACACUUAGCAUUAUCAGUUUCACUGUGUAAAGUCAGACACUUUGAGCAAAAAUGGUAAUGAUAUGACAAUUCUCUGUGUCUAUGAAUACACGUUUUUAAAUGAGGUGGUUAUAAAAAUAGUUGCUGUGCAAAAUGUUAGUAGUCUUCUUCAAGAAGAAAGCAAAUUUUCUAAUAUCACUAGAGCAGUCUCUUCAUUCAUCUUCUUAUUUUUGAAGCACAGUGUCAAAGUGAUGCUGCUUUACCUUGUAUUUCUGAUAUAAUGGUUUUUUUAGAUAUCUGUGAGGUAUUUUUGUUUUUUUGUUGCUAUUGUAUUUUUCUGCAGAUUUUAUAUAAAAUACCAGUUAACGAACUGCCUUUUUUUUUUUUUUUUUAACUAUUCAACUAAAAUACAUUUCAGACCAAAACCAAAUGAUAUGAUCUAUAGCAUUUGAAAUCUGCCUUUUUCCUUGUCCCUUGUUUGUUUUUUUUUUUUUCUUUUGUUGUUUUUUCGUUUGUUUGUUUGUUUUGAAAUAAGCCAAAUGGGCAUGUAGAUAAGAUCGCUAUAAUGGAUCCAGGUCUCUUUUGGUAAAGUGUUAUUUAAAGGUCUGUUAAGAUCUUAUAAGACAAUAUACUGAUAAAAAUUAUUGUAGUAGGAAUAUAGUUUUAGAAGUGUUAAUGAGAUUAAUACAGCUUAAUUAUACUUGUAAGUUGCUACUGUCCAUAAUGACAAGCUUUUUGUCAUAGAAACGAUGUAUGAUAAAUUAAUUUUGGUCUAGUGUAUAGAAUCAUCAUAUUGCUAUAAAUCUUUGAAGUAAAUCUGAUGCAAAAUUUUCAUAGUUAGCAUUGCUGGCCCUGUGUAUACUGUUCUUUGUAUACUGUAUGCAUAUUAUUUCGCCUACUGCAUUAGUCUUCAAACUAAAACUCUUAUUAGAGAGUAUUUGGAUACUUCAGACUGUGUUUCUUGCAGUUUACAUUCCUUUACCAUGGCAUUUUGUCCUGUCUAAAAGUAUUGUAUGGAAAUGUUUAAAACUUCUGUACAAAGUUUCAAUAAAAAUAGAGGAAAAACAAGAAUAGAUAUUUGUGAAGCUAUUUUGGAGAAUCUCUACAUAAUUAUGUCUCAUAUAUUCUUGCUUGUAACGAGCUUUAUGUCCGCAUAUAUAAAGAAUAUCUCCUAUUUUGCACCUGUUAAUAAAGGCAAACCUCUUGAAGCAGGGCAUGGGCAUUUUCUUAACGGAGUUUAAAACGAUAACAACAACAAACAAGAGAACAAAGCAGGACUUUCAAACUGCAAGAAGAACUUAAGGAUCCAAACUGCAGUAGUAGAGUUUGGCUGUGGAACUGAGGGCCAAUUCGUGCAGUGGGGAGGUGGGCUUAUGGGUGAGACCUGUGAGUGGUGUGGGCUGCUCCUUCUGCAACUGAAGGUCAGGAUGCCAGGCAGCAGCAGGGGAAGGCUAGCUGCCAGAUGCACCCUGCAGAACAGCUGCUUGCUUAAAACAGAAUAUGGGUGAGCCCGUAGUUAGUGCAGGCUUGUCAGACACAGGGUAAAAUUGUGCUUUUGUUUUCUUUUAUAUACCAACUGCUGCUUCAUUAACCAGUUUGUGAAUGAGACGGGCAUCUUGUUUCUUUGUUCUGGAGUAUCCCUAAAUACUUACAGUUGUGCUUUGGCAUUGCUCUGGGACUAUCACCGCCUGUAAGCCUUGGUGUGUCUGCUGUUUAUUUCCAACUGUGGUCUAAAAAUUGGUCCUAGUGCCUGAGUCCCACAAGGAGCCCCUGUCCAUAGGCAUGCUCUGAAAAUGAUGAGUGUGAUGCUGUCUUCUAUCUCAUAGGAAGCAGUUACGGCUUGGAGUAGUCAGUGCUAAGAUUCUUGCCCGUGGAGUGGGAAGGAUGCUUACUCAGGAUGUUUACUUGAACUGUUGAUAUUUUAAUCUUUUUCUAGAAGAGGGGGCCAAAUGUGAGUCCUCCCCUUCCUUCUCUCCUUGUCCCCUGUAAGGGUGUAUUUGAGCUAAUAGCUAUGGAAAGUGUGGUUUUAGUCAUGGUUUCUUUGUUGGCCAGUGAAGAAAGUGGGGCAGGUCUGUGGAUUACGCACCUAUGGAAUGAUGAGAGUAGAGUAGGAGCAAAUUAUGGGAAGGACAUGAAGCAGAACUUCAGCUGUAGGAAAAUGUUGCAUUCAUUAAAUAUUUUCUUGAUAUACUCUUGCUGCUGUGUUUCAGAAGCAAAACGGAAGCUUGGCUGAUGUUUAAAGAAAUGGGUCCAAAACAUCUUUGGAGAAGAAAGCUUGGACUCGGGAUACAAAAUAAGCAAGGGUUCUUGCCUGCAGUCUUGGCAUGGAUUUGUGACUUAUGGGAGGGAGGGGAACUCAUGCUUUUGUUAGUUGUUAAUUAAUUAGUUAUCUAAUUGGUCUAUAGGCUGAUCACCCAGUGAGCAGCUUUCCAUUUCAUUGAUUUUAAAAGAAGAUCAAGAAGUAUUUUUGUCACCUACUGGUUCUAUUUGUGUUAAUUAGCAAAGACUCCCAGUACCCAAUUUACUGCGACCUUCAUGUUUCUCUGGGUGUGGAUUCCUGGCCCAGGCAAGUUGUGGGCAGGCUCUGUAAAUGCUGCAGCAGCAUUUAUUUUGAGGGUUCACUGGAAAAACUCAAGGAGAGGGUGGUAAUAAGUACUCUGCCUACUGGCGCUAGAGUGAAUUCUCCUUCCUUGGAUGUGGUUGCCCUAGUUUGCACUGUGCCUAUGUUGUGCCAGGAAAGUGAGCAAGCCAGAAAGUUUGAAUUCUCUGCUUUUUUUUUUUUUUUUUUUUGCUUUUUUUUUUUUUUUUUUUUUCCCCUAUCCAUCUAGUAAGCACAUUUAAUCAGGUUGAACUUUGUGAUUUCCUUCAUGCUUUUUGGGGAGUACUUAGAUGGAUAGGAUUAAGGUGGUGAUUUGACUUCAUGACUGUGAUGCUUAUAACACUUGAUCUAGAUAACUAGUUUUAAUACUUAUCUAGACCAUAAAACUAGUUUUGUAAAUUAGUUUUGAAUAUCCGUGUGUAUCUGUGUGUGUAAAUGUAUAUGUACAAGGGCUGCUAUGAAAGUAAUACCUCCUAUGUUAUUCUAUUGGCCCAUGACAUCAGAGGUGGAUGUUGGUGGUAUGGUAGUAGAGGGACAAACCUUCCCACCAACAUCCCGUUUCAUUUUGUUGUGGUAUGACAGAUGGCAGCAGAGGGGCAGUCUAAGACAGUGGCAUCUGACAUGGAAGCAUGUAUAAAGCAAAGGUGUGGAAUUGAAUUCAUCUAUGCGGAAAAAAUGGCACUCACUGAUAUUCAUAGACAAUGGCUGAGCAUUUCUGGAGACCGAACAGUGGAUGUUAGCACAGUGAGGCUGUGGGUAGUUUAUUGCAGCAGAAGCAACAGUGAUAUGAAAGACAAACCAUGCUCUGGGUGGCCGUACACAGCUGUCACCACAGAAUGAAGAGCAUCUUGAUCAGCCCAUUCAUACAGAUCAGUGGAUAACUACUAGGGAACUGUGUAUGGAGCUGAAUAUUGCACCAGGGGGGUCCCACUCAUGUUCAUACAGGAACGGACAGAAUACCAUGUGUAAGUUUGUCAGGACCUAUUGAAACAAUACUGUAUGAUCCACUUUCUAUUGGCCCAUGACGUUCAGUCUUGUUACCAGAGAUGAGAUGUGAUGUCACCCCUAUGAGCCAGAGUCAAAAUAGCAGUUUAUGGAGCGAUGACGUGAAUUCCCCAUGAAACAAAAUCUUCAAGACACAGAAGCUAAAGUGAUGUGCAUUGUGUUUUGAGUUAGAAAAGGGGUGAUCCUUUUGUAUUUCCUGGACAAACCAUAAAUUUGACUGCUACUUUGCAAUGCUGGCUGAUCUGAAGGUUCAAACUUCUGGAGUCAGGCAGAGGAGGUGGCUGCCUUUCUCAUGCAACACAACAAUGCUAAGCUCCAUACCAGCUUGAAGACCAUGGAGUGUAUUGCCAAUCUUAGGUGGACUGUCCUACCACACUCACCAUGUUGUUCAGAUUUGGCAUGUUCUGACUUUCAUCUGUUUGGCCAAUGAAAGAAGAACUGUGUGGGCAGUGUUUUACUAGCAGUGAAGCUGUCAUAGCAGCUGUGAAACAGUUGGUCACCUCCACUGGUGCAGAUUCUUACGAGCACAGCAUGCAGGCUCUUGUUCAUGGCUGAUGGAGGUGACUAUGCUGAUAGAUAGCAUUUUGUAGCUUGGAAUUUGCUCUACCAAAUAGUGUUAUUGUGCUCUUUCUUGCAGUUUCCAUUGAAAUCAUUGAGGCAUUACUUUCAGUGUAACCUAUGUAUAUAUUGUAUAUAGGAAAAUUUGGCCAAGAAGUUGUCAAGGUUCAGUUUCACUUGUGCGCACCAGUAUAAUGAAAACAGUGUGAUUUCCACCCUACAUGCUGUUCUGGUUUAGAAUCGAGGUCAGUUAAUCUUCUGCAAAAGCAGGAGGAUUUUAAAAUUAUGACCACAGUCCUCACACAAAAUCUUUGUGGUUUGUUACUUACUACGUUCAUUUUUGUAGUCCUGACUCUCAUUAUACAGCACUAAGGGUAACUGUGAGGAGUAUAACAGCUAAUAUUAGGAAUCAGAUCUCUAGUUUUAGUAUUUAAAAUAUUUCUCUCAUUCAGUGCCUUAGACUAGUCUAGUGCUAGCUGUAUACUGUAUGUCUGGAGUUUGGAUCUGUGCUGGAAUAUAUCCCAAGACUCAGUGACUGCUGUGGAUGUUUUGGACGGGUAGAUGUACACUGUCCAAAGACUGGAACUCUAAGUCUUUGACCUGGGGAAUGUUGAAAUUAACUGUCUGUGCACUUUGCAGCUUGUGGCUCUCAACUGAAGUAGUGUUUGUCUUCUGGAAGGCAUGCUGUGCCAGCUUCCUUCCACAUCUCACAGCUUUUCUCCAAUUACAGAAGUGUGAAAGCUGACUUGAAAAAUACAUAGCGUGCAGGAUGUGUCCAGAGUAAUUACAGUGAAAAAAUCUCUGUGGGUUUUGAGCUGCCAGUGUGUGUGCCGUGUCAGACAGCGAUCUGUUCCCUGCAGGGAGGAGUACCAGACUUGCUAUCACCUAUUCAGGGUUGGACAGGGAGUAACCAUGCAUUUUAAAUGCUUGUGAUGCUGUGUGCUCUUCACAAAACAGCAAAGCCAUUCUUUUUCAUAAUACUGAUAGCUCUGUCCCUGAAGCAUCCAGGAAGACAGUGUCAGUAGCAGCGUAACAGUGUUUUGAUUUGUGUCCCUUCUCCAACUUGUACAGAAGCUAGUGAAUCGAGGUGAUAGGCACCUGAAGGAGUAAGCUGUGCCUUUGGGCAUCUUUUUCCUUUAGAAUGCUGACAGCAAGGGAAGUGAUUGGCUUUGGCUUCGCUUGGAGCAGCAGCCAUUAUUUUUGGAGCCCUUCCAUACUGAUGUUAAACUUACAGGUGAAUAAAGAAGGUGAAUUAAAAUUGGGCUUGUCUUGAGACGUUUGAUAAUACGUAUGACAUUUUUAAGAGGUACUUAGGAUUCAACUUAAGUCUGUUGUUGAAUGGUUCAGUCUCUGUAUGAAUUACCACUUGUGUUAGCAGCAGCCGCCUGUUUUCAUAAGGGUUAUGUCACACUAAACAUCUUAAUAGGUAAAAGUGCACCAGAGGUCCUCUUAUCCAGAGAAACUAUAAACAGCUUUCUCAAGAAAGCAGUAAACUGUAGCUGCAAUGUGUGAAGGUGGGGAGAAGACAGAGCAAACUUUUGCUCUCUGUGGUGUUUAAAGAUCCUGAUUAUAUCCAAAUACAUCAUACAUGGGACUUCUGUUACAUACUCAUCUAAGGAUGACUUGAUUCAGAUCUUGAGUAGACUAGACUGCAUGAUGUAGUGUGGCUUUACGUUUUAUUCGUCUCAGGCUCUUUUUAAGGUGGAUCUUUGAUGCUGGGCACUUAAUCUCAAAUGCAUGAGGAAAAGUUCUUGAAGUUGGAAGUUUCAGAGUUUUUUAAUAUUCUCAGCUGACUGCUUUGGGGACAGUUGGUGACCUACACUGGCAAACUGUACAGUGACUUAUGCAUUCUUUAUAUACACAGGUAGAGGUUUAACAAUGAGAAAUGCUGGGAUGGUAAAAGAAGCCUCUUAAAUGUGGUUCCAGUCUUCUGUAUGACGACAUUGCAGAAAAUUUUCUUUGACUUCCUGAUUUUCUGCUCUUCUUGUCAUCUUUUUGUUCAAUUCAUUGGAAGGCGUUUACUUUUUAAUCUUAAACCUGACAAAUGUGGAAAGAAUGAGAGCUGUAAGCAAGAGCAUGGAGUUGUAAAUGUGCAUGUGAUGCAAACAUGGGGCAGAAAAAGGUUUGGAAAGAACUCCCACCACUGGUUGGUUUUUUGUUUUUUCUUUUCCUUUUGCAUUUGAACUUAUUUAAGCUUAAUAAAUAAGCAAAAUAAGUUUGAUGAAGUGUACUCUGUAUCUUUGUACUUGUGGUUUCUGCUAAGCUUGGUCUGAGCACAUUUCCAGUAAGUAGACCUUACCUUACUAUGAGUGUUAGAUUUGAGUCCACGUUGUACUGCAUUGUGGUUGAGAAGAACAGGGUAAGUUUCUAAAUGACAUUUUAAGGAAGAUGUUUAAUUGUAUCUCAGGUAGUAUCUACUUACUAAAUCAAUUAUUUCUAAUAAUAAAGCACUGAGACGGCCUCGAGUCACAGAGGACUUGGUUACAGUUGGCAGUGUUAUUUAGUUGAGAAUUACAAGACAUCUUCCAGAGUUCUUAGAUAUUAUCAGAGUUCAUACUUUUUAAGAUGAACUAAAUGUCAUUUCAUUGUUGAGAUUAAUGUUUUAAAUUAUUUGAAACCUGAUAUUUAUCUGGUAUUGGUAUUGCUCAGGUUUAAAUUCAGUUUUGUAGAUUCAGUAAUUUCCCUUAAUCUUAAACUCUGAGUUAAAAAAAAAUCUUGUGGAAUUUAGAUACUUUGAAGAAGAAAGGUGGAUUUGGGGACAGAAGAGAGAUUAGCAGCACUUUGACUUGGAAAGUUGCUUUGUUUGCAUACAGGCCUCUGGCUUCAAAUUCUCAUUGGGUGUAGUUGCUAAUUCCUUGGUUUAGCCUCCAUUAAAAUGCUGAUUAAAGAGCUGUUUUGAGGAUGUGGUGUUUAUUAAAUUCAGACUGACUCAAUUUUGAUCGCUCCCCCGUACUUAUUUGUAUUGACUUACCAUCUAAAACUUCUUAACUAUUUUCUAAACCCAUUUCUAGAGUAUCUUUCUGUCUUGGCCAAUAACUGUUUGAUGGAAAUACGAACUUGGAUUCUGCCAUUUGUUCCUUACUCUAUGCCUAGUAAAUUAUACCGUCACAGUUACAGUGAACUGGUCCUAUCUGAUGCUGCUCUGUGUUCAACUUUCCCUAGAUUGUUCCCUUCCAUCCCCUGCCUGGCUUUGAACAUCCAGCCAGGUGUCCUGGCUCCUCAAAUUUUUGUUGCUCACUUUCCCAAGACCCUUCUUACAUUCAGAAGUCACAUGCACAUGA